AUGCCUGCCGGGGUGGGCUCGCCCGUUGGCCGCGCGAUGAGCACGACCGGCUCGACCGUCAGCCGCCGCAGCCGGGCGCCCGACCCUCGCUUCGCCCACCUCAAGCCCCGUGUGGACACGGGCAGCAACAUGCGCAAGCUGAUGGAGAAGUACGAGGGGACGAGCGGCCCCAAUGCACGGGCAAAGCAGACGCACACCUACUUCCGGCGCAUCAAGCCGCUCGAUCUGGAGCGGCGGCUCGCGCCCGACAUCGAGUGCGAGGAGUCGAUCUACGCUUACGACCUCGACGAGGCGUCGGCCGCCAUGUCGCUCGGGGGCGCGUCGUACUCGGACUCGCACGUGCGCGGGGCGAGGCACUACGACCUGGCGCAGCUAUCGCACUCGACAAACCACUUCCCAAAGGAGCUCUACUUCUUCCGCGGCCCGGCGGGCGGCGACAAGCUCAUCGUCCUCUACGAUGCCGACGGCAAGGGUCUCGACGAGGCGGCCAACGCCUUUGUGCAGCGGGGGAUAGAAAACACGUACGUGCUCUCUGGCGGCUUCCACGGCGUCUGCGAGACAAGUCUCUCCGGCUUUGCGGGCGGCAGCAGCCAUGGCCGGUCUGCCCACUGGAAGUGA